ACGAAACAACACAAAAACAGAUGGCAUAACGUGUAACUUCUGAUAAAAUAACCAUACAAAACUUAAAAGAUUAAAGCCAUAAAAAUGGCAGAAUCUCAAGACCCCAAAACCUCUAAUCAGAACCCGAAACCCCCUGUCCAACUACCGCCGGAGCCUCCAAUUGAACUGAACAACAAUGGAAGCUCGAAUUCGGGUCAAAGGAUCCACUAUCCCAACCCACCUGAGAAAGUAAACCCGGAUACAACAACUUUAAGGGAUCAAUGGAGGUUUGCAAUUAGGCAAUACAGCAAAUGGUAUUCUCAUGCUUGGGGGACUGCUAUUUUUGCUGGUGGGGCCUUCUUUGCUCUCGGUUGGAUUAUCAAGGGUGGUAAUCCUUUGCCCUCUAAAGAUCCUCAUCUUUCUAAAUCUCAGGUUUCUUCUUCUAAACAUGAUGAUUAACUCUAAAGAUUUUGUCUUUCCAAGGCGUGUGCAUUAUGCCUUCUCAUAUAUGGCUAUGCUGUGCUCCCCUACAUCCUAUAUCUGGAGGGGUGUACUGGUUGAUCAAUGGAUAAUCAAAUGCAUUUUAGGAGAAUUGUUUCAUGGCUUGGGCAUGUGAUAGAAUUGGCGUUCGCCACGAUACAAGUAAUCUUGUGAGAAGAUCUGGACAUUUGGUAGUUGUAUGUGAAAUUUUGACUUGCUAAGCAGCGUCAUGACUAAUAGUGUCAAAUUUGACUUGACACACAUGUCAAGGAGACUUAUGUAAUGAGAGAGAAAUCACAUGUUAAGACCUGGGUUAGCCAUGACCAUAUCAGAUUGAAAUGAUCUGGGAUGAGAUGAUGGGUUAGAACAUUUGAUGGAAGUUGAAAUGUAAAACAGAAUGUAAGUCGAUGAAAAUGUUAGAUUGCAUUGAUCAUUGAAUAGCUACAAUGUAAGAACAUUUUGAGCAAGUCCCAAACUCCCAACAAUGUAUAGGCACCAAGUAUAUUUUCCAAGCACGAGUAGAACCCCCUUCCCCCUUAAGCUUCUAUACUAUUUGCCUUUCUGAAAAACUCUAGAAUUCUAACAAACUCUUGACAACUUAUUCAGUAAUUUCCUAUUAUUAUGCUAAUAUUCUCUUCUUGAUAUUAUUAUGUGUC